AUGUCUGUUCGAGCAAAAGGCAUAUUUGUUGUGGCCGCGAAAAGAACGCCAUUUUGCAAGUAUGGCGGAGCGAUGCAAAUGUUACCAGCGUCACAAGUUUUCGCUGAAGCAGCAAAAGAUGCCAUACGAUCUGCUAAAUUGAAUCCUAGUGUAAUUGAUUCUACGAUUGUUGGAAAUAUUAAUUUUCUAAGUCAGUGCGAUGGAGGGAAAACACCAAGAUAUUGUGGAAUUUACUCUGGAGUUCCCAUAGACAAACCUUCACUAGGUGUAAACAAAACAUGUGGGUCUGGUUUACAAGCGAUUAUAACUGGUGCGGUCGAAAUCCUGACAAAUUCCGCCAAAGCCUGCUUGGUGGGUGGGACAGAAGUUAUGUCGGCACUUCCUAUGCUCGUGCGGGACGUUAGAUUUGGAACUACCCUCAACAAAUCGUACGUAAUAGAAGAUUACAUUCAGAAGCCACUUUUGGAUACUUAUACCGGUCUGUCACAAUACGACAUAGCCGAAAAAAUAGCGAAGCAAAGAAAUAUUACUAGAGAAGAUGUAGAUCGUUUUGCGUUUGGAAGUUAUUUAAAAUGGAAAGCUGCACAAGACGAAAACUUAUUUAAAUCGGAAAUUACACCAAUAAAAUCAAUCCUAAAUGAUAAAGAAUAUAUCAUAUCAGUAGACGAAUUAGACGAAACUAGGUCUAAUAAUGACAUAGACAAAGCCGCAAAUUUAGGAGAUGGUAACAUUAUAACAGAUGGUAACUCGGCUGCUCCAGCAGAUGGCGCGGCGGCCUUAAUACUAGUAAACGAUGAAGUAGUCAAAGACCAAAAUUUGAAGCCGAUAGCUAAACUUUCUGGAUGGGCGUGUGUCGGCGCAGAUCCCCCAAACGAAUUAGGCGCAGUUGUGGCUAUUAAAAGGGUUCUAGAUUAUUUAAAUGUCACAAUAGAAGAUAUUGAUGUAUUUGAAAUAAAUGAGACUUUUGCUUCUGAAACACUUGCUGUAAUAAAGGAUCUCGGAAUUGAUGAGUGUAAAAUUAAUGUUAAUGGUGGCGCAUUAGUUCUUGGAAAUCCUGUGUCAGCUACUGGAGCAAGAAUGGCAACACACAUUGUCCAUUUUGUUAAGGACUGGCAAUACAAAGAUGGCAAUCGGUGCUUCUUCCUGCGGUGGUGGUCAGGGUAUAGCAGUUGCUUUUGA